UCUGGCUGCACUUCAGUAGCUCUUGGAUAGGGCUUGCUAACUACCGGCUUUUUCUCCUGCCAAUCUUACGUUUUUUGCUUCGAGAUACUUUGGCUUAACGUUGACUCCUGACUAAAUUCUGCAGCCGCCUCUAAAACCUUUUUUCCAAACUUGUUAUAUUCCGACAUUAAUAUCCACAUCCUUCUUUCUCCUUCUCGACACUACCGUAAACAACAAAAAAGAAAGAAGAGCGGAUUUAGCAAGAGAAGGACUACAGUCUUCUAGAAUGGGCUUCUUUCGUCGAUCACUUAGCUUUGGCUCCUCGCGUUCGCGCCCACCAACCGACGACUCGGCAUCCGAUACCGCUAGCUCGAGGACGAGCAUAGAUUCUGUUUUUGACAAUGAAAUAUCACACUCGCUGGCCACCAUCACUAAACAACCGCAAAAGGCACCGAUUCUCACCCUUCCGGUCGAACUAAUCCAGCAAGUCAGUACUUAUCUCGACACUGCCUCUGCAGCAUCCUUUUGCCUCUCCAGCCGCUUUGUUUACUACGCUCUCGGCACCAACGUGCUAUCAGCUCACGUCGAGGGAAGCAAGAACCGGUUCGAGAAGCGGCGAAUUAUCGAGGCCGUUGUUGAACGAGCAUUUCCCGGCCACUGGUUCUGCGGCUGGUGCGAUAAAUUCCAUUCAUGGAGCGCAAAAGACGGACCAAAGACCCCAGCCCGAGGAAGACGACGAGACUGCGCCGACUUCAAUAGCUACCUCUACUCUGGCAGUGACUACGUUCUCCGCUAUCACCACGUCCGGCUCGCUAUCAACGCCUCCCUCCGCGGACCCGAACACGGUAUCCCACUCUCGGCCUUCACCCACGAGCAGCGAGGCAUGGCCAAGAUUUUCAAAACCCCCGUGCCCACCAAACUUCAAAUAUCAGCAAAGAUAUCCGGAGGCCGUUUUCUGUUACACUCCUCCUUUGCUAUUAUCCUGCCUUCCUUCGCAAAGGGCAACCGCAAUCUCCUCAGCACUCUUUGGCCCCUCCUCCCCCACAUCCUCUCGGGCCACCACGACAGUGAGAACGGGCACACAGGCCUCAUGGCCGCCGUCGAUAACGUUGUGCGCCGCGGGUGGAAGUAUCAAUUCACGCAAAACUGCAGCAUGUGCGCUACUGACUGGGCGGUUAGCGCCCAAGAGUUCCCCCACACGACAGGCGGUCAGAUGCGCCUUGUUGUCCAGACCUGGCGCGAUCUGGGCACCGCGCGGACGCCCUUUGAAACCAGCUGGCGCGCCCAUGGUGUGUGUACUGCCAAGGGCUGGAAGAACAAUGGCGCGGCUGCUGCGACGUGCUUGCUGAGGAUGGCGUCGUUGCAGGCUGGUGCUAUUCGGCGGGCGUUUGAGAGUGAGGAGGCGAAUGGCGAGGCGGGUAGUGGUGGGAAAGUUGCGCAGAAGAGUUCAUCGGGGGCACGUAUUUAUCGUUCUUUUAUGAGGAAGAACACAGUGGAGGAAGGGGAAGAGGACGACGCGACUAUUGUUCGACGGUCGAGUGCGAGACCCAGGUACUGGAGGACUGCCGAGGAGAAUGCAGAGGUGGCGCGCAGGUAUGAUGAGGAGCGGAGGGAUGCAGUGACGAGUGCGGCUGAGAAUAUGGCUAGAAUGACUGCUCAACCUGGGAGGACGUUGGUCUAAAUGGCGGAGUAUUCUUUCUUUUUUUCUUGUUCUUUUUUUUUCUCUGCGCACUCGCGCCCAUUGAUCUGCAUAGGCGUUUUGUUUUCUUUUAGAUUUCUCUCUCUCCCCCCCUCCCCCCCCUCGUCGAAGCGUUCUUAGCGAGUACAUACAUGGUUGGCCGGGUGUUUAUAAAGUAGACCGGCGCGCAAAACGUUUAACGCCCAACAUAGAUAGAUCUUCACACGAAAUCA